AAUGUGAGGAUGUGGGACCUACUUGGAAUCGGGAUUCCAGCCCGACACCUACCUCCAGCAGGUCAACUCUGCCUGCUACAAUUUCUUCAUCAUUGUUUCACACAGGUUCAGAUCCACCCAUGCUGACCUGGCCGGGGAGAUCCAGAGGAUGGGGGAAAAGUUCUACUUUGUGCACUCCCAGAUGGACAUGGACUUGUGUAACGAGAGAAGGAAAAAGAACUUCAGCCAGGAGGGUGCCCUGGAUGAUUGCAACGAGUUCCUGUGGAGGCAAGGGGUGAGCUCCCCACAGGGUUUCCUCAUCUCCAGCGUUUUCAGACCCAUCUUCGAAAGGAAGACGAAAGCCCUGCAUGGACAGGUCAGGGUACAAUCCAACGCCAUCUCUGCCGUUUUUAAUCCAGGUCUCUCCAUUGCUUGUGACGUUUUCCAAUUGAUGGACUGCAUGGCAAGUUACUGCAAGAGCUGUGGCUUGGAUGGCGACUCCCUGGUUAACCUUGCCCAGCAGGUUGGGAAGCCCGUCGUGGACUUGAGAGCUGUGCGCUUUCUGGAUAAUGUGGCUGAAGAUGCCCAAAGGGUCCUGCUCAAGGCAUUGGAGGCAGCAGAGGAAAAGUGA